AUGCCUUUCCACGCUGAACCCCUCCGAGCGAAUAAGGAGAUCGACAUCGAUCUCGAGCAUUCGGUAGCUGCUCAGAAGUUCCCCGAUAUUCGAGCUGUAUUGGAAGGGAAUAGAUGGUGGUCUAGAAAGGUCACAGAGGAACAGCCUGAAGUAUGGGCAGAGCAAGUCAAAGGACAGGCACCAAACUUCCUCUGGAUAGGAUGUGCAGACUCCAGAGUACCAGAGGUUACCAUCAUGGCUAGGAAACCGGGAGAAGUGUUCGUGCAACGAAACGUAGCAAAUCAAUUCCAACCUCAAGAUGACGCUUCUCAAGCUUUAUUGAAUUACGCUAUUAUGAACGUCGGUGUAUGCCAUGUCAUCGUUGUUGGUCAUACAGGUUGUGGUGGCUGUAUCGCCGCCUACGAUCUCCCUGCCCCUAAACAAAAUGAAGAAUUUUGUGAUCCCUCUACACCCUUGACUCGAUUCUUGGACCCAAUCAUCAGGUUGAAGCACUCUUUACCUGAGGGUAGCGAUGUCAAUGAUUUGAUCAGGGAGAAUGUGAAGAUGAGCGUUAGGAAUGUCGUUGAUAGUCCUACAAUCCAGAAUGCUUGGGAGUUAGCAAGAAAAGGUGAAUUCCGAAAGGUCUACGUCCACGGAUGGUUAUACGAUCUCUCUACCGGUCUCUUGAUCGAUCUCAACAUCACUCAAGGUCCCGAACCAAUCGUACUCGACUCUGAUAAGCCCAAGGUUAACGGUACUGCUUAA